CGAUUGUCUCGUUGAACUCCGGAGCUGGUAUGCCGGAGAGGUUGGCGACUACCUCAUGACGGAGACGCCGGAUUUCUACAUAGGGAUCAUAUGGGUUGAGCUUCUCUUUCAAUGGCCUCUGGUGCUUGUGAAUCUUUAUGGCAUUUUGGCAGGGAAGCAUUGGUUCAACACCACCUGCUUGAGUUAUGGCAUUUCUCUAUUCACUGGGAUGGUUCCAAUAUUUGCAGAACUCACAAGAUCAGGAAGGGCACCGGAAAAGUUGUUGACGGUGUACUAUACGUUCUUGAGUUUGGGUGUUCUUGCCAUACUUCGUGGAUUGCUUCCCAACUCAUCAACAACCAAGUUCUCUUCUGCAACCUUUGGCAAGAGACCUGCCUCGGGUAGGAAGAAGAGAGUUUGAACGUUAACCUGCGACCCUAAGUAACCAGAAGUUUAUAAUCAUCAUCUUCUCAAA